CAAAUUUGUCUCCCACGUGUAGACAGACCAGAUCAGUGCUGUCCAGCUGAAGUGUGCCAGUGAAGUGAUAACGCAUGCAUACAGAUGCAUACAGAUGUUUUGAAUUUGUUGUCCAUAUCACUGUAUGCUUCCAUCCACGGGACGCUGAGUAAGCACUGCUCCCUGAUCAGGCCUCUGAAAGCUGACUUUACAUUCGUCCAGCCUCCUCCUCCUCCUUGUUUUUUUUUUUCCUCUCUUCUCCUGGGCUGGUUUUGCUACAGAGCCAGUAGAACUAUGAUCACUGGAUCGAUGAGGAAAUCUAUUGGCUCGAUCCAGUGCCACUCUGAAGUGAGACUGUAACCUGUACUCUCACAGAGCAAAGCAGAAAGUGAAAAUGCUCCGAAGAAGAGCUGCUGGAGCUGUCUGAAUGAUCCGACUAGUCGACUAGAAGCUUUGCAAACCGCCUUGCAAUAUCUGCACGAGCCUUUAUUCUUCAUAAAACACGCCAGAGAGUGGCCAGCUGGGUUCUUUGUUGUCUGCCAGCCUUGCUCUGUGGUUUACCCAUGCCUCCAUUUUCCCUCGAUGACAGAUUUGUGGUGCCGCUCCAAUUUUAUCUGGACACAACCUACCUGGAAGCCACCGUGGGCGCCAUUGUGGUGGAGAUCCAGGUGACAAACCUCACUUAUAUGCCCUCAUCCAGCAGCUCCACUCGUUCCCUGACGUGUGGAUGCAACAGUGCCAGCUGUUGCAUGGUGAGCACUUAUGAAAAAGACAGUCAGACCCAGACCCUGACCCAAACACUGAGCCAGGUCAGUACAAGUAGCCCCAACUUGAACUCCGGCGUCAGCUAUGGUGGGCAAGGAGGUUUCUCCAGGCCAAUGGUGGGCCAGACUGAAACCUACAGUGCACCCAGUCUCACUUCCAGCACACCCAGAGGUGGUGUGCGCAUCAUCCACCCAAGUGAGCUGGCUCAGAAGAUGACAUAUAGCCCCACAGGUCAUCCAGUGGGGCCUCUGCCACUGAUAAUAGACUGUAGGCCCUUUAUGGACUACAACAAGAGCCAUAUCCGAGGCGCUGUGCAUAUUAACUGCUCUGACAAGAUCAGCCGUCGGCGCCUGCAGCAGGGCAAGAUCACUGUGCUGGAUCUCAUUUCCUCCCACCAGAGCAAAGACUCAUUUAGGGGGAUUUUUUCAAAAGAGAUCAUCGUUUAUGAUGAGAGGACACUGGACGCAGCUCGACUGUCAUCGUCUCAUCCUUUGCAUGUAGUUCUGGAGUCUCUACGCAGGGAUGGGAUGGACCCAAUUGUUCUCCGAGGUGGCAUCUCCAGUUUCAGACAUGGCCAUGAGGACUUAUGUGAGGACUCUCUACAACUUCAGGAGGGUCACGAUGCUGGUGCAGCCGUUGCCCUGUCAGGGGCGUUACCUCACUUGCUGCCCUCCAGCCCUGACAUUGAGAAUGCUGAGCUGACAACUAUUCUGCCCUUCUUGUUCCUGGGCAACGAACGUGAUGCACAGGACCUUGACCAAAUGCAAAGGUUGAACAUUGGGUACAUUCUCAAUGUCACCACGCACCUCCCACUAUACCUCUAUGACCUAGGGAUGUUCAAGUAUAAACGCUUACCUGCCACCGACAGCAACAAGCAGAACCUACGUCAGUAUUUUGAAGAAGCAUUUGAAUUUAUAGAAGAAGCUCACCAGGCAGGCAAGGGACUGCUCAUUCACUGCCAGGCUGGCGUGUCACGGUCUGCCACUAUUGUCAUUGCAUACCUGAUGAAACACACUUGGAUGACCAUGACAGAUGCCUACAAGUUUGUCAAGAUGCGAAGGCCUAUCAUCUCACCCAACCUCAACUUUAUGGGCCAGCUCCUUGAGUUUGAAGAAGAUCUCAAUAAUGGCAUCACUCCUCGCAUACUCACGCCCAAGCUUGUUGGAGUAGAGACCAUUGUGUAGGAAGAUAGAUUAAGCUUUAUGAGUGCAUUCUCCUCCAAAGUAUUUUUCUUUUAGUGUUUUUUUUUUUUUUCACCGGAAGACUGUCUGUGAAUGUGGGAUGCAUGCCUCAAAGAAACAAGAUGGUUUUUUUUUUUUUUUUACUUUAGCAUGGAUUUUGGAAUAUGCACGUGUCUUCUUUUGUCUCUAAAGAUGCUUGUCAGAAAAGAUUUGUUUGGUGUGUCAGUUGUUCUUGUACUAUUUUUAUACCAGAGUUGACCAUGAUGAGCCUUCAGUGGCUUCACUGUGCAAUACUUUGAGUGAAAUGCAGUGGUGGUUAAUCUGUAUCUAUACAGUAGUAGGUGAUGGCGAAAACCUUUGCAGGUCUCUAUGUUCAAGAUUCUAUAUAUUUUUAAAAAAUAUUAAUAUUAUUGUGUUCAGCUGAAUGUGAAGCCAAUGUCUUUGGCAUGAACCUUUAUUAGAUAUAUUUUUAUUUUUUAAAAGAUGGAAGGAAACAUUUUUGUCUGUAUAUCAUACCAAAUAAUUUAACUUUAUCUUUGAUAAAAUCUCAAAGGCUCUGUGUAUGUUUGUGUUUCUGGCACUAUUGUUAUUCCUGGUGCCAGAAAUAUGUCCAAAUAAGAAAUCUAUGCUGCAUGAACACCCAAGACAUGAAGAUUAAUAUUCAACUAUAAUCCUCUUUUACUGUUAUAUGAUAUUUACCAUAUACUGUGGUUUUGAAUUACACUGUUAGCUUACCCAGUGCUCCCAAUAUCACCUUGGAAUCCACUUUCUUUUUCUUUUCCGCUUGUUUGUGCGUGAACGUAGGCGAACAACCAAAAGGGUAUAAUGUGCUUAUACAUAAUUAAUUAUCUCUCUUUCUAGUAACAUACUGGCAUCUUUAGCCAGCUGAAGUGCUCUGACCUCUAACUGGGUACGUAGGCAAAAGUUUAAAGGAGACAGUUUUUUUAAUUGCUAGUAAAUGUGGGUAACUGAUUGUUUAAUGCAAAAAUAAAUAAAUAAAUAAAUAAAUAAAAAUAAAUAAUAAAUCUAUCAUUUGCACUUAAUUCUGUGGCAAAGCUACCAAAGUUUCUUUGGAAACAUAAAGCACUGCUGUUAAUGGGAGUGAUAAAAGGUCUCUCGACUCUGUGUUCUUUACUGUUCUGUAGUGUACAGGACGCAAACAGCAGCUCUGCUUUCUCUACAGUAUCAUAUUCAGUUAUUUAAACUAAAGAUAAAAUGUUUUCUUUGCCAUUAAAUCCAUGGUUUGCAGUCAUUCAUAAUUUGUUUAGUUCCUCUGGUUUAAAAGUAAGGAGUGAUCUGCUUUGUCUUUAUCAAAAUGACCCAGAGGGAUAUUAUAAAUAAUUUCAUAACUCAACUUUAAGCCCACUGUCUGUAAGUUUCAGAAGUUUGUCUAGCAUUAUAGUUAUCACUUCACAGCAUAACUUAGCACAAUGCUAUAAAGUUAAUGUCAUUAAUAUUUAGCCACACUUUGAACGUUGACAUUUUAUUUAAAACAAAGUUACAUAUGCAAGCAGUUACAGUCAUAAGAUUUUACAAAAGACUUAAAACCUUAUAUAAAUACAACCAUAAAAUACAGAAUAUAUAUAUAUAUAUACACACACACAUAUAUAUUUUCUUUUAAUUCCUUUUAAUGUGUGUGUGUGUGUGUGUGUGUAUAUAUAUAUAUAUCUCACACACAUGUAUCAUCAACAAAUUGAGACACUUUACUGUUUUAUUGUAAGACGAUAAUUUAGUUGAGUGUAAAAUGAAUUUAAAGGCAUUUUGUAAAAUGUAGUGCAAAAUAUUUAAUGCAAGAUAUUUUCAAAAGCAGAAUGUCUUUUUUGCUCUGCUAUUUUUUUUAUUUUUUAUUUUCUAACAGAUUAGGGCUUAAUUCGCAUUACACAGCAGUGUUUGAAACGUUGUACUUGAAUAAAUGAGUCUGAACGUCCUCACUGCUGACUUAAUAAAACCGCAGUUUGUUAAAUUGUUGCUUGUGUGUAUACAGUGUACCGUACUCGAUUUAUUCAUUCAGUUCAUUUUACCUCUUCAUGAACUUUGUAUACUGUUAGUUCUGUGAAACAUUUAUGUAUGGUCAGGGAGUGCAAAUGACUGUACAACUGAAACAAAAUGUAAAGAAAUAAUUCUGGGGUAUUAUAUGGAAUGUUUAUGUGGGUUUGCUGUUUUAUAUACAGUGUUACAUACAGUUAAGAUAUUUUAUGAGUGACUCAUAAAGAAAGAGCGAAAUAUGUAUUAUGUGUGCCGUAGAUAAUUGUGUCUCUUUCUGUCUAUGCAUUACAUUAGCUGUGAUCAUUCAAAUCUGUUUUCGCACUGGCUCAGAAAAAGGUGCUAUAUUAAUGGAGGCCUUCUAAACCUUAUUUGUGAUAUGCUCUGGUACAUUAUUUUCUUUCCCCAAGGUUAAACCUGUUUAUAUUGUUUUUAAUCUUAAUGACAAAGGUUAAAUCCUGAAGAUUUUCUGUCGUAUGAUUUGGAAAUAAAACAACAAGAGCAACAAAAAAAUGUAUAAUGGACUGUACUUUGAUUUUUAAAGAUAAUAUCUGAGAAUAUCUUUAAGCCUGUAAUCUGUCUGAAACUGUUGCU